GUCUUCCUUGAUUCAACAUGGUCGUUGGCCGAACAGCUGAUGCCCUUCAGAAGAAACGGAAUAUAACGCUUUAUUUCAAGAGGAAAAUUUUGGAAGCUCAAUUUAUCAUUGCACAAUAAGGAACCUCGUCCAAAGGAUUUCUGUCGCGACUUCCUCUUGACCAAACGCCCUAGCAUGUGAGUAACGAGUGGUAAAUAACCCUGAACCCCAUGGUCAAACUGCACUCAAAAUACAUCACAAUCCUAUGGCUCCUGAUGGAGUCCCUGUGUGUGUAAUGAUCAGAGAUGGCCUGGUUUAUAACUAUGACGUAAUACCAAUUUUCGAAGACUAUAGGCCAUUACAGGCAAGGAAGUAACUGGGCCUCCAAGAAACACUAGUCUCUUGGUCUGUCAUCGAGGACUAACUCUCUAAACCAGCAUAUAGAUGAUGACCGGGUUUCUGUAUUGUGCCAGUCAUCCUACAUAAGAUGUAUAUGAUGCUCGUAACAUUACUUAUCUUCACUGUGUUUCGUCUGGUCGUAACGACACACGGCCAAGGGUCGUCUGGAUUCUUGCUCUUUACUGACAGCAGUCAGGGUUUUAUUUACAAGGCCAACAGGCAAGGCUACGGGUUACUCUCCUCUCCCAAGAUCAUCAUUCACUCAUCCUUCACUCCACAAGCCGUCUCGUACGACGCAACAGAACAACGCGUCUAUUGGUCUGACGCAUUCACUAGUACCAUAUCUAGGGCCUUCCUGAACGGCAGCUCAGAAGAGACGAUUGUUCGUUAUGUUAAAGCAGUGGCCAUUGCUGUUGAUCCAGCUGGUAGGAAUCUGUACUGGGCUGACAACAAGAAAGGGAGGAUAGAAGUUGCUAGGUUGGAUGGGUCACACAGAAAGAUACUUGUUAGGACAAAACGACCUACUGAUAUGGCCUUGGAUUUGACUCGAAGACAGAUGUACUGGUCUUCUGAUAGUUUUUCUGCAGCAAUCAUCGAGAGAUCGUCCAUGGAUGGUUCUGACAGACAGGUCAUUGUAUCUGGACUUAUUUAUGGCGCACCAUCUGGACUGUGUCUGGACAGUGGUAAAAGAGUGCUUUACUGGACAGAAAAGAACGCACCGCAGAUUUUCUACGUCAGUCUCGAUAACCCAAGUGGACACCAUUUGUACUAUUUCCAGGCACGCCGGUCCAAGCCAUUCAAACUGACCAUUCUUGACCAGCGCAUUUACUGGACAGAUCGCGGAAGUUACUAUUACCACGGCAAAGUCGCUAGUUUAAACAUAACAUCGAAAAAGGAUCUUAAGAUACUGGCAAACAAUGUGGACAAGCCGAAGGGAAUUUACGCGUUCGCUGGUGAUGGUAGUCUCAUUCCUGAGUCCAACUGCAGCAGGAACAAUGGCGGCUGCAGUCAUCUUUGUUUGCUCAGUCCACGACAAGACCGAGUGUGCGCAUGCUCCAAUGGAAUGGCACUAAAGGAUGACGGGAAGACAUGCCACUAUAAAGAAUUUCUCCUUGUUGUUGAUGAUGUACGAAGGAAGAUCUUCCACAAGUCUCUUGACGACCUCAGCCGUCCCAAGACUCCAUUAGCCCUUGGCCAAACAGGACGCAUUAUGACCGUGGACUUUGACCCCCAAGAACACAAAAUUUACUGGACCAACAAGAGAGGAGUGAUUUCCCGCGCUUUUCUUAACGGUAGUUCCAUAGAAGCAGUUGUCAAUAGUCUUAACUACUUUCCACGUGGGCAUGAGAUUGAUGUCAUUGGUCGGAAUAUUUACUGGUUUGAUUCCAAGUAUCGAGAAAUCGGAGUGUGUAAACUGGAUGGCAGCUGGCAGAAGAUAUUGAUGACAUUGAAUGAACAGCCUGAAGCCAUGGUUCUUGACAGCAGCAAAGGAGUGAUAUAUUGGGUUACGACUGGGAACACCGCGAUAAUCGAAAGAGCCCAUAUGAACGGAGAGAACAGAGAAGUACUUGUACGCUUCCCCAGGCGAUAUCAUUAUGAGUACUCACCCAGGGCGCUUGCCUUGGAUUCAGACAACAAUAGAUUAUACUGGGUUGAUGAUAAUAGAGGUGAACUAUGUUACACAGAAACUAACCCAAAGACUGGACAGAUUCAUCAUGUUGGUAUAUCCUCCUGGUAUACAAUCUCACCUUACUCCCUGGCUCUGAAGGAAGGCUACAUCUACUGGGGAGAUGGGAGCAAUGCUGCUGUUUAUCGAGUUAACAAGACAUCUACAAGAAAAGUGAUAAAGAUUGUAAGCAGUGUAGAUGCCGUAGACUUACAUGUCUAUCAUAAUAACACUCAAGUACUUGACAAUAACCAUCCUUGUGCUCAUUUCAAUGGUUGGUGCACUCACCUCUGUCUGCUUAAACCUGGAGGAUACUCGUGUGUCUGUCCUGGAAACAAAGGAUCCCGUCCAUGUUACACGACACCAGUCGUCCCCACUCCAUCUUCUCAUUACUUGAGUGCCAUGUCUUCGACGUCUGUUUACAUUCCUCAUAUUGAAACCGCUUCAAGUGUUCUUCCCCAAACAAAGACUACGAGAUUUCUACUUGACCAUUCAACGCUGCUUCCAACGUCUUCACAACAUUAUACAACUACUUUUGCAAGAUCUUCACCCCUACGAUUACAACCAGAAUCAACACUCGAGACAUCAAUGUUUGUGACUACCACCCCCUCGAGAUUGUAUUCGACGACCUCUCUUCCAUCAUUGGUAUCAUCACUGUCACCAACACCAUCAUCACCAUUGUUGUCAUCAUCAUCAUCACCACCAUCAUCACCAUUGUUAUCAUCAUCGUCACCACCAUCAUCAUCAUCAUCACAAUCACCAUUUUUAUCAUCAUCUUCACCAUUCUUAUCAUCUUCAUCACCACCAUCAUCAUAUUCAUCUUCGUCAUCAGCUAUAAGAAUACCAACUUUGUCUUCAGUUAUUCCUAAUUCACCACCAACAAGCAUCAAGUGGACUCCAACAUCAACAUCAGUUCCACAGGAAUCCUCAAGUUCUGUUCAAGUUUCAACGUUGUAUACAUCUAUCACUACAUCUUCAGAGCCGACUUCAAGUGUUGCUCAUGUUAUUUCGUCCCCUGCAAAAGUUUUACCUUCAACUCAUCAAGUCCCGUUUACCUCAUCAAGAUUAUUGCUUUCCUCCAAACGUUAUUCUCCGGUCAUAACAGCUGCAGGAUCUGUCAUGACAUCAGUCUUUCCUCAUCUACCUGUUCUAACGUCAUCCUACACGUUCUCUUCUAUCUUCAUGUCAACCACCACUUCAUCUUCCACGAACUAUGGUUUCACCUCCUCACCAUCACCCACAUUGAUCAGCCCUUCUCUCAUAUCUUGUACGUCAUCCACCGUGUUACCAAGCAACAAUUACCUCCCUUCCCAUGCCUUGUCUACUAUAAAAACCAUCAGCACUAGCCCUUCAUUGUCCUCAUCUACUGUAUACAUCACUAGCACUACUCUCCCUUCUUCUGCUUCAAUACCGGUCGAUAAAUGUCACCCAGAUUGUCAGGUUGGGGAGAUAUGCGUAGAGCCGUGGUAUCGAUGCAUUAACAUAGGUGAAAACAAAGUGAGCUUGUUAUUCAAAAUGAAUGAAAUCCAGUGGUCUAACGACACACUCAAGAACAGUGUAUCUAAAGCUUCCACUCAAUACUGUACGAACCAAUCAUGUUUGGAAUUGUUACGACCUGCAGAACCGAUACGAAGCAAAAGAGCGACGAAACCAAACAUAGUUUUCCAAGGUUCUGAUGUCUUAGUGCUUAACAACCCUGUUUCAUGGUCGGCCACGGAUGAAGCACUUGUAGUGAUAGCAGUACUCGUACCAUCCAACUACGAAUCACUAACAACAACAGGAACAAGGCGAGUGGUUACCAAACAGAACUUGUGCAAGUUAAUCUGGGAGUCCAGACACCUCAUCAAUAGAUACAUGAAGGGGGCAAGUAUGAUUAGACUUGAUGGACAAACACAACCAUCUUGUGUGGUACUGGGUGGAGAUGCCCUUCAUGAACAACGUCAAGGCAACAGCAAGGGAAGUGCAACUACCAUAUCUGUAUCUAUUCUGGGUGUUCUUGCAUUGUUUUUGCUUCUUUUUCUUGCGAUGUUUUACAUCAGAAGACGAAAAGCCAAGCAGAACGUUCCACGUCCUUAUCAUACACAGAUUUCCUUCAGCAAUCAGGGAUUCGUUGAUGGAUUCGUUGAUAACGACUAUGAAGCUGCAGAAGCGAGCUUAUCUAACCCUGCCUACGCCGAGAUCGAUCAAGUGAUGAAUAACAAAAGACAAAGUGGUGAAGCUAAAAAGUUCCUGAAAACUCCUUUUGUAGAACCAGUCAAAAACACAAAUGUCCACCGCGAUAAUAGAGUCUUUCAAAACACCAAGGAAUUCUGGAAUCCAGGCCACAACUCGAGGCCAAGACCGAGAAGAACUGGGAACGAGGUUAUCAUAAAUCCUUCAAACCUUGACGCAUGUGCAGAUGUCAAUUUUAGACCAGAAUCAUCAGAGUACAGCACACCAAUACCUGUGAUUCCAAAAUACAUGCCUCUUUCCAGUAACCAAGCAACGAAGUCACGUGAUAGAGAUUACGCACACUUGAAUCCUGGCACCCGGAAGCUAUCGACACGUGAUCAACCACAUAAGAGAGGUCUUGAGGGAUCUGGUUCCCAUGACUACGAAAGUGUCGUUGGUCCUGGAAUUAAAAACUAUGUGAGGAGAGCAGAGGCCGAAACAACUAGUGGAUCUGUAGUGAGAGAUGAUUAUGAUCACUUGAGGCAAGGCGGUAAGACGACCAGCCCUAACAAAAUAGAUGAUCACAAUAUUUAUGAUCACUUGCAGCGAGGCGGGAAGACGACCAGCCCUAAUAGAAUAGAUGAUCACAAUAUAUAUGAUCACUUGAGGCAGAAUCAGGGCAAUACCUACGAUCAUCUUCAGAGAGGAUUGACAAUACCACAGCAGAACAGACAGCAUACGUUACAACUCAAGAAAGAUGAUGAUGACGUAGUAGAGGAAACUGUCAUAUAAACUGUACUACUCGUUUUCCUAUCACUCAGUCAUAAUGUGCAGUUAAUGAUGAAAAGGUAAAUCAUACACCGUGAAAAGAUGGAAAAACUUACUGACG